AUGAAACUCCGAUUGUCAAGCUCCGAUCGUGCUUUCAAGGAGCUUUGUCUGCGCCUCAAGGAACACGGCUUGCUUCACAGCCCGGAGGCGAUUGCCGCCUAUGCGAGUGUCGACCGGGGAGAUUUUAUCCUAGGUGAUUCAGAUCCCUAUUUGGAUGCAGCUGCUGUGAUGGGCUUUGGUGCACAGGUGUCGGCUCCGCAUGUGCACUGUGCUGCACUGGAGUUGAUUCAGGAGAAAGUAUCUGCCAUGGGCGAAGGGCUGCGAGUCUUGGACCUUGGAAGCGGCAGUGGCUGUAUGGCCACACUGCUGGCCCGGCUCUUGCAGGGCCGAGGACGAGUGGUGGCCUUGGAGCAUAUCCAGGAGCUAGUGGAAGAAGCCAAGCAGAAUGUGGCCAAGCACCACGCAGACUUGAUGCCGAGCAGCUUGGAGAUCCUUUGUGAAGAUGCUCUCAGCCUCAAGGCAGAACCCUUCGACCUCAUACACUGCGGUGCAGCAUUGAGCCAGGUGGAUGACUGGCUUUUAAAACUCUUGAAGCCCAAUGGCCGUGCAGUAGCUCCACUCGGACCCACGGAUGCACCCCAAUGGCUUUGCAGCAUCGAUAUGCUCGAGGAUGGGAGAUACGAGGUGACGCAGCACCUGCGCUUGAUCCUUAAUAUGGACUCUGAUGAAGCUGCUGCCAAGGUAAGAGUUUACAACAGUGUCCUCUAUGUCCCGAUGACUUCGGAAGGGCUUCAACGCAACCGGGGAGAUGCCUGGGACGAGGUGGUAGCGAGGACCACAGAGGAGACUGGAGGAAGCUCAAGGAAGCUCAAGGAAGGAGAAGAUGAUCGUGCUUUGGCACUGAAGUGCUGGCAGUUUGGCCCAUACGGUGCGCAGGCCUUCGUGGAAGAUAAAGAAAUGGACUUUGAAAGUCUGGGCAUCAUUCCUCGAGCUUUGCAGGAGCUCCUUGAUCAUGCCAAGACUACAGCUCCUGGCCUUGUACAGUUGCGGGCCUCUUACGUUGAAACAUACAACGAAACUGUGAUCGAUUUGUUGUCCCCUUUGCGGGGUGGCGCUGUGGUUGGCGAGCAGGGCUUUCAGUCCGCAGCCAUGUGCGAAAGAGGUGAUGUCCUCUACUUGCCCACGGUGACGGAAACGCCCGUGAGCUCCGUGCAGGAGGCGUUGGAAGUGAUGCGGACGGGCAAUCAAAACCGACACCAGGCUGAAACCAAGAUGAACCGGCACUCCUCUAGAAGCCAUGCCGUUUUCAUCGUGACGGUCACCAACAGAGUGGACCAAGCCAAACAGCGCUUUGCACAGCUCUACUUGGUAGACCUGGCGGGCAGUGAGCGGGUCAUGAAGACGGGAGUGCAAGGGAUGCAGCUGGAGGAGGCCAAGAACAUCAACAAAAGCUUGUUGGCUCUUGGCCAAGUGAUCUGGGCGCUUGCUCACAAGCAGAAGCAUAUCCCGUACAGAGAUUCGAAGUUGACGCAACUCCUGCGCAACUGUCUGGGAGGAAAUGCUCGAACUGCAGUCAUGAUCACUGCCUCCAUGCACCCAGAGAACGCCGGUGAGUCCUUAAGUGCAUUGCGCUUUGGUGCACGAGCAUCUUUGGUUCAAAACCUGGCUCGCCAGAAUGUCGCCGAGAAUGCACAAGAGCUGAAGAGGCUAUUAGACGAAGCACGCCAGGACUUGGCGGAAUUGCGCUCCUGCUGCCGGCGGCUCCAUGCAGAGCUUACAGCAAGUCGCUGCGCAGAGAGUUGGCUCGCCGAUGGCACGCAGUCUGAUUCCAAUUCCAAGCGCUUGGUGGUGUGGGGUCUGCUGCCUUCGCUGGUGUGUCCCAUCAAUCGAGCUAUCAUGAGGGAUCCGGUCCUAGCUGCAGAUGGCUGGACCUAUGAGCGCCGAGCGUUAGAGAAGCACAUGACACGCGGACAUGGCUUGCCCAAGUCCCCAGUCACUGGCGAGCGCUUCAGCAGUCGGCAGGUGACGUCCAACCUCGUGGUACGACAGCUGGUACGCCAAUAUCUUCCCGAUUUGGGACCCCUAGAGGACCCCUUGCCGCUCAUCCAGCUCUUGCACGUUUGGCAUGUGCAGCUUGUCCUGUCUUUCUUGGAUGCCAAGUCCCUGGGACGCUGCGAAUGUGCCUGGCCCUCUUUCCUGGCAGCAGCGGAUGCCAGCAAGGCCUGCUGUGAUGUCGGUUCCUCGUGUUAG